GACAAUUUUUUUCAAUCUCAUGAAAUCCUCAAGAUUCUAAACUUACAAGAAAAUAUGUAUCUUUCCCAAAAGCCCCAAAGUUGAAAGUUCACUCAGACGUGCAACAAAACUUUUGGCAGAGAUAGACUAAUAAGCUUGGAUAAAGCUCGCCAUUGUGACCCCACUCUUAAUUUCUUCCCCUCAAGAUUUUGGGAAGCCUUCUUCAACUUGGACAUUGCAAACAUGGCAGUUCGAUCACGCAUUGCUCUCGCGGCCCGCAGGGCUAGAGUAUCGCCGGCGUCAUCUUCAUGCUCGAAAAUAAGAUCGUUACGACCAUUGACUCAAACUCGAUGGCAAAGUACCGCCAGUACGGAGGACACUGAAGGGAUAGCCAAAGGAACAACUGGCACAUCGAAGACCAUAAAAUUUACAUCCGAAACCUAUCCUGAUAUCAAACGAGACUCGAGGUUCGCAAAAAUCACCGAGGAAAAUGUGAAGUUUUUCAAGGAUUUACUAGGGAAGGAAUCUGCUAUUAUUGAUGGAGUUACAAAGGAUGCUACAGAUGAUCUUGAACCUUUCAAUGGAGACUGGAUGCGCAAAUAUAGAGGUCAUACAAGUUUAGUUUUGAAGCCUGGGUCCACCGAGGAAGUGAGCAGGAUUUUGAAAUACUGCAAUGAUAAUAUGCUAGCAGUUGUACCACAAGGUGGAAACACUGGACUUGUCGGAGGGUCUGUUCCUGUAUUCGACGAAAUUGUUAUCAACAUGAGCCGAAUGAACCAAAUUCGAUCGUUUGAUGAGGUCUCAGGUACUCUCGUUGUGGACGCUGGUGUUGUUUUGGAAGUCGCGGACAAUUAUUUGGCAGAGCGUAAACAUAUCUUCCCAUUAGAUCUGGGCGCAAAAGGAUCAUGUCAUAUUGGAGGUAAUGUAGCAACGAAUGCUGGAGGUUUGAGGCUAUUACGAUACGGAAGUUUGCACGGAAAUGUUCUCGGAAUUGAAGCAGUUCUACCAGAUGGAACAAUUGUGGAUGAUCUCUCCAAAUUGCGAAAAAACAAUACUGGUUAUGACUUGAAACAAUUGUUCAUUGGUGGUGAAGGCACAAUCGGCAUAAUCACUGGUAUCUCAAUCAUUUGUCCUCAGCGAUCAAACGCUAUCAAUGUUGCAUUCUUUGGUCUCGAAUCUUUCGAAAAGGUCCAAGAAGCUUUCAAAGAGGCGAAAGGUCAACUUUCCGAAAUCCUCUCUGCUUUCGAACUUAUGGACAGCCACAGCCAAGAUUUAGUUCAAAGAGUAACAAAAAACAAAAGACCAUUGGAGGGUGAGUAUCCUUUCUAUUGUCUCAUCGAAACCAGCGGUUCCAAUUCCGAACAUGACCAAGAGAAACUGAAUAAUUUCCUCGAACAUGUCAUGGAGAAAGAAAUCGUCUCAGAUGGUACCUUAGCCGAGAACGCCACACAAAUCAAGGCUCUGUGGAGCUGGAGAGAAGGUAUCCCCGAGUCUCUUGGUCACUGGGGUGGUGUUUACAAGUACGACCUUUCCAUUCCUUUGAAAGAACUCUAUCAACUCGUUGAAGAUGUACGGGAAAAAAUCACUGAAGCUGGUCUCAUCGGCGACACUGAAGAUCACCCAGUCGUAGGCGUAGUAGGUUAUGGUCACAUGGGAGAUUCGAAUUUGCAUCUCAAUGUAGCUACUCGAAGCUACGAUAAAAGAGUCGAGAAAGUACUAGAACCAUUUGUAUACGAAUGGAUUGCGAAGAGAAAUGGAAGUAUCAGUGCUGAGCAUGGGCUAGGCUUGGCAAAGAAGAAUUAUAUUGGAUAUAGUAGGAGUGAGACGAUGAUUGGAUUGAUGAAGGGGAUUAAGAACCUCUAUGAUCCUAAUGGAAUUAUGAAUCCAUAUAAAUAUAUCUGAGUGGAUAUGAAAAGGCUUGCGGCUGUAGUUUAGGACAACACCACAUGUUUAUAAGGGAGUUGGAUACCAUCUUUGUUAAGCGGGAAGAGAAAAGUCAAGUGAAUGAAGGAUGUUAUAUAUUCAUACUGUAUAUCAAAACUCUUGAAGUAUACAACACUCAUUAUGAAACAGCGAGACGUUUCAUGCACAACUGAAAGUUUUGACCUCAAGUACUGAAAUAACUUGAUGCUUGCUCAUUUACUUUGUACUCAUGCAUUGUAAAUAUCAGUAAUACCCUUUCA